GCAACCCUCCAUACUCCUCGCUCCAUUGGCUGGUGGUCGCGUCAGUAUUCCUGAGUUUCUGAAGCCCUCGCCCCCAAGCAAAAAGCUAGUGUGUGGCUUUCACUGACUUGUGAUACAGGAAUGUCCUUCCCUACCGCCUCUGAUGCUCACGGGUAAUAAAUCUACAGUCAGACACUGGACCAGUGUGGAGUACAAGCCCAGUAGUGGAUGACGACAGACGGUUCAUCAGCAAGCCCUGAGCUGGCUGAUCUCAGAGCAGAGAGGAGACCUUGUUUAGGGUGAAUGUGAGGGAACUUUGGAGAGCUGUGGCCUGAAGGCAUUUCGAUUUCUGAGAUGUCAGUCAAACAAGCAGAGGGGAUGUCCAUCGCCCAGGCUUUGGCCAUGACUGUAGCAGAGAUACCUGUGUUUCUCUAUUCCACAUUUGGGCAGUCCAUAUUUUCUCAGCUAAAGCUUACCCCAAGCUUGAAGAAGGUGCUGUUUGCCACAGCACUGGGCAGUGUAGCUCUGGCUCUCACUGCUCAUCAGCUGAAAAGGCGGGGGAGAAAAAGGAAGCAGGUAACACAAGGGAAGGAGGGCCAGAAGACAGUGGGAAUACCUGAGGCGCUGAUGAAGACAGGAAGACCCUCGUCAUUAAAGAGAGGUCAGUUUCCUGGCCGACAGAUGAUGAGUCCCAGUACUCGGAGCAAUGACACCAUGAGUGGAAUUUCUUCCCUGGCUCCCAGUAAACACUCAAGUUCUUCACACAGCCUGGCAUCUAUGCGGGUCCCAAGCUCUCCAAAUCAGUCUGCCAAUCCAUCCACCCCCUGGGAAGCGGAGCCUGUGGUGGAAGAGUCAGGGGCAGUAGAGGAUGCAAAUGCAGAAAAUCUCUAUUUAAUGGGGAUGGAGCUGUUUGAGGAAGCUCUACAAAAGUGGGAACAGGCCCUGAAUAUUCGCCAUCACAGCCAUUCGACCUCCAGCAACAACAGCCUCGCUCUGCAGGGGGCAACGUGUGGAGAGUUUCCUAUGGUUGAAGCCCGUAAUAAAGUGUUUGCAGAGAAGUUGGAGACACUACUGCACAGGGCGUACCACCUACAAGAGGAUUUUGGCAGCACUAUCCCAACAGACAGUGUGCUGGCAGACUUUGUCAGAGUUUGUGUUGCUCCUUUGGCAGAGAGUGAAGGAACUCUUAUCUUGCCUCAAGUGGAGAGUUUCCACAGACUUCGAGAUGAUGAUGCGACUACUGUUGCCUCUGAUGAUUCCUUCUUCUCAGCUGCAGAGAUUUUUGAUGCUAUGUCUCUAGAAGAGGUCUACCAGCCACUGAAGCCAGCAGCUCUCUAUGAAGAAGCCUUGUCUCUGGUCCGGGAGAGCAAAGUGGCCUAUAGGUCCCUGAGGACUGAAUUACUUGAAUGUUUUGGUGACCAAGACUUCCUUGCCAAGCUUCACUGUGUGAGACAAGCAUUCCAGGUCCUGUUGUUAGAUGAAACCCACCGCACAUUUUUCAUGGAGACCGGGAAGCAAAUGAUUACGGGGUUAAUGGUGAAGGCAAACAAGAGUCCCAAAGCCUUCCUGGAGAGCUAUGAGGACAUGCUGCUUUACACUCAGCGAGAUGAAACGUGGCCCAUCACUAAGAUGGAGCUGGAGGGCCGCGGGGUGGUGUGUAUGAACUUUUUCGACGUAGUGUUGGACUUCAUCCUGAUGGACGCGUUUGAAGACCUGGAGAGCCCUCCCUCCUCUGUGGUAGCUGUGUUGAGGAACCGCUGGCUCUCUGACAGCUUUAAAGAGACGGCUCUGGCAACUGCUUGCUGGUCUGUCCUUAAAGCGAAAAGGCGUCUUCUUAUGGUUCCUGAUGGUUUUAUCUCCCACUUCUAUGCCAUAUCAGAACAUGUGAGCCCAGUUUUAGCUUUUGGGUUUUUGGGACCGAGGCAACACUUAAGUGAAGUGUGCACUAUCUUCAAGCAACAAAUCGUGCAGUACCUGAAGGAUAUGUUUGAUCAUGACAAGGUCCGCUUCACCUCCGCUCAGUGCUUGGCUGAGGACAUCUUGAACCUUUCCCACCGCCGGAGUGAGAUUUUACUGGGGUAUCUGGGAAUCAAUAGCCUCAUGGAGCUCAAUGGUGCCCUGCCCAAAGACACAGAGGGCUCCUCAGGGCACAACUAAGACGACUAGGGUCACUAAGGGCUUCACUGGGCUUGUACAGGCCAAAUGCAGUAGACUGACCAGUAGGAAACGGCAGGACUCGUGGCUCAUCACUCAUUCUUGUAUCUCCAUUAAGACUAUUGAAUCAAGCUCCUGUGAUUCACUGAGAAUCAGCAUUAUUCGUUCAUUCAUCUGUGUUCAUCAAACACAACUACUGUAAGAGGAUAUAUUUUCACCAGAUCUACAGUAUCACUGGUCCUUGUACUAAAGAGGGAGAGCGGUUGGAUGAUAUGAUUCCAUCUCUCCCUUGUUAUCAGCUGCUGUUUUGCGUAUCAAGAAUGCCUGUGGUACUUGUGUAAUCUCAGACAUGUGAGGACUUGUCUCUGCCUUGUUGGAUGACAUGGAUACUUCUUAAAAACACACCUGACAGAAGCCCUCCCACCACAUUAAGACUGGGCCUUCUUCAUUAUUUCUUCACAUGGAUCAAGUCUUUUCAGAGAACCAGUAACCUUCCAUUCAUCUGACUUGUGGAAUCGAGUGGGAUAUCAUAGUCUUUGUUAUUAUGUGAAGAGAAAUGGUGUGAGAGUCUGUCGAUAUUGUGCGUUUCUAUGCUUUACAUUAAAGGGGGAAGGAUAUUUGUGAUAAUUCUUGACAGGCUUGGCCAACUGAAGACUUGUGCUGCGUGAUGAAGGACAUAAUGGAUUUGUCUCCUCACUGAUUGAUCUUAAAUCCUCUUUAAUCCGAAGAAGUAUUCCAAUUAUUAUUCCAAUUUUCACACAGAAUUAUUGCCGUUUUGAAAGUGUAACAGAAAACAAAUAUCUGAAACAGUGUAACAGGAAACGCAUCACUUCUUGACUAACAAGUUCAUUGUUUGUUUUCUCAAAUUCUUACAAUUAAUGUAUUUAUUAAUUGGUUCAGCCACUUGAAUUGCUUCCAGAUAUUUGGACCUAAAUUGACUUGCUAAGCUUUAAUUCGCAGAAUAAAAAAGCUAAUAAAACAGUGACAUUUUUUUAGGGAAAGUAUCCAAACACAAUUUGUAUGAAGAUAUAAAUCAGUUUUCAAUGUAAAAUUUGCAAAAAUAAUACUUCUUGAAUAUGGUUUCUAAUUUUAAAGGUUACUGACUAUAAAUGAGUAUAGGAUGAUAAGAAAUGGAUAAGAAAAAUAUCUGCUGUUUUCACUCAAUAGGCCCUUUUCACAGCAGACAUUUUGACUUGUCAUAGUAGGAAAAUCCCAGGUGUUAUUUAUAGCAUUAACGAUGGCUCUGUUCUAUUCAGGUGUCCCAGUAAGCCGUGACAGUGAGCCAGCAUGCACAAUGCCAGGAGGCUGAAACUGAAGCAGCUAAAUGGAAUUCAGCCAUCAUUAAUUUUAUUAUUUACACCUGUGCUUUUCUUACUGUGACAUAUCAAAAUGUCAUAAAGAGUGCCUACCGGUGUGUCCAUGACUUUGUAAAAAAAAAAACAAAUGACUAGAAACACACAUGGACACAUAUUAUGUGUUGCUUACUUUCUUCCUGGAAUAUUUUGAAAUUGACACAACCUCUAAAUCAAACAGUGCCAACUACUACUCUUAGCAAGGAUAUUGUUGUUUUGUUUCUGAACCGGGCAUUGUACAGUUAGACUGUAACCUACAUAACAAGUGCACUGAUGAAAACCACUGAGUUCUCUGUGUUUUCCCCAAUACUGUGAACAUGUUGGAGCACAGAGAUGCCAAGUUAAACUGAGUUUUCGUCUGCGAUUCUAGCAUGGAUAACUCCACUACUGUAAAAGCAGAUUUGUGUUAUGCAGACUAUAGUUUGUGUUUGUUUAAGAAACUGACAGAUACUUAAGUAUCUUAUUGAAAUAUGAUAAGAUUAUUUAUUAUUAAAGGUAGUAGAAUCACAGAAUGUAUGCUUAUGGUUGACUGCAUGAGUGAGAAAAGGGAAGACAUUUCUGUCAAAUCAUUUUGGGUUUCAUAGAUCUUAGGGUACUUUGUAUGAUAAACUAUUGAAAUCAAAUUAGCAGAAGUCCGCUCUUUGUUAUUUGUAAUCAUAUAAAUGUGUGUUUUGUGGUCUUGAUAAUCCAAAUCCUACUCUUGUAGCAACAUGCCUCUGAAAUUCAGAGUUCAGGAUUGUUUUAUGGGCUCUUACAUGUCGCAAUACAAUCCCGUUGUGUUCUCCUUAAACUGUACUGGCUGUGUCAAGAGUUGUCAGCAUUGUAGGAUUAUUUCUGUUUCUGUCAAACAUGAACCAGAACUUCCAGCUGUAAAUAGGGCUUUUACACAACAUCAUUUAUUUCUUUGUUUUGACAUAUGUGCAGCUUUGUGUUUUUAAGCAUUUUGCACUUUAUCAGAAAAGCAGAAAGAUACAGGAAUGGCCAACAACCCCAUUUGAAUAAUCAGUAUAAGAGUUUAACUAUACAAAACAUAUUGAAUUAUUUAUUGCUUCGUAGAGCUGACAUUAUUGAUAACAUAGAGCGUAAAUGAUGUACAGUAGAGAAAUUAUCUUCCCAAAAAAAAAAAAAACUAUUAUGGAAAUGGUUUAUUCUGGUUAUUAUCCAAAGUUUUUGUUUUAGUCUCCAUUGUUGAAAUGUUCAAAUUCUACAAUUUUAACUUUUGACUAUGUGUUUUCCAAUCCCUGAUGAACUGCUUCAAAAAAAGUUCUCCCAUGUUUUAGUCCUGUUAGAGUAUCAAGUAUAUUUGCAACAGUAUGCGUCAUGCAGGUAAAUGCAAUUAAGGAAAACUACUAAUGUUUAGGCUUGUGUUCACAUAUUGGUCUGCUUUUUAUGUGUCCUGAGAGUAGAUGAUCAGAGAUUAAUUCCUCCAACAGCCUUUGCAUGCUAACAGUGUAAAUUCUCUGAAAUGCAUCAAUCAGUAUAUCCCUGCAACAUUUAGACCCAGAUUCAGCUCUAGUUGUUGUUAGUUUUGGAAAUCCCAAUUAGAAAUAUUCUAAAGAAAAUCUUUAGGAGCUUAUAAUCAUUUUGAAAGUCAAAAUUCAGGCAUGGGCUCAACUAAAUAGUGUAUAUUAAGUAGAUUUUUACAAAGAUUUCAGAUGGCCAAAAUGUGGAUAGAUAGAUAGAUUUGUUUUUGUUUUUUGGUGAAAGUCUCUACUAUAUAUAAAGUGUCCUAUUCAUGCCUUUUGUCUUUUCUAUUGUUAAAUUACAAUGCCAGCACAAACUGUAAAUUGAUCUUGAUUCUCCAUAUUAAAUGUUAUUUUUGUUAUUAAACAAUAUGUUUAUUAUGCCUUUACCCUGA